ACGCAUGCGCGGUUAGGUGUCAGUCUUAGUCUGCAACGUCAGCGGCAGAAAACGCCGGCAACUCCUGAGACAGACAGACACACAGAGAGAGAGAGAGAGAGAGAGAGAUAAAGAGGAUACAAUGGAUCAAGUAAUGCAGUUUGUGGAGCCCAGUCGUCAGUUUGUAAAGGAUUCAAUCAGACUGGUGAAAAGAUGUACAAAACCAGACAGAAAAGAAUUUCAGAAGAUCGCUAUGGCAACAGCAAUUGGAUUUGCCAUCAUGGGAUUCAUCGGUUUCUUUGUAAAGCUCAUCCACAUCCCUAUUAAUAACAUCAUUGUUGGCGGUUAAGAUGUCAUCGGGUCUAAUGCAAGCUGGGUAGGGAAUGAAGAUGAGAGGACACCAUGGAAUAUUUCUUAUUUUGUGCUGUUUUGAGUGAAUAAAAAUAAUUUUGAAAUAAA